AGAGGUGUUGUUCCUGGGCCCCGACAACACCUCCUGCCAAGGCCAAGACGAGAGAGGGGUGGGGUGUCGGGGGAGGGCUGAGGGCAGUGUGGGCACAGAGGCUUCUGCAAGGCCAGGUCGUCUCAGGCUGCUGUUUAGGACAAAGUUGGGCUCAGCCCAGUGGUCUGAAGCUGGGAGAUGGGUACCAGACAUCAAUCCUGGGGUAAGGAUGGGUGAGCCAGGCUGAGGGGGCAGGGACGUGAGGGCAAGGGGGAUAAGCUGUGGCCAGAUGUUCUUGCCAGGCAUUCCCACCCAAGCUACUGGGCAAACAUAAGCCAAGAACCAGGGGCAGGUGGGGGGACAAGGAAGCCGGCAGGAAGCUACAUUGGGGGGUGAUCCUGUGUUCCCCAGUUCGGCACCUGCUGUCUGUUCCUGCAGGUCCAUGUGAUGCUGUCCCCACUGUCUCUGCCACUCUGAGCACACCCUCCUGACCUUCCCCUCACCCAGGAGAAUGAGCAGUAAGAAGGGGGCACUCAGAGCUGCGCCAGGGAAGUCCUUCCCUAGAGCCAAGCCACGGGCCCCUGCCGGGAAACCCGGAGAGAGCCGCCAGCCUCAGAGGGAGACCGGCCCGCAGGCCACGGGGCGCGCAACCCCCGAGCGCCCGGAGGCCCCUGCAGCAGGGCCAACCGCGGAGGACCGAGCAGCCACCGUCAUCCAGUGUGCCUUCCGGAAACUCCUGGCGAGGAAGGAACUGGCCCGCCGUCAGCAGGAGCACCAGGACUACCAGGAGCUGAUGGAGAAGCUGCAGAGGGAGGCCUUCGUGGCCCAGGUUCGGCGCGAGCAGGAGGCGGCCCGGCGGCGGCAGGAAGAAGCGGCUGCGGCCGAGCGGAGGCGGCAGGAGGAGCGGCUGCGCGGGGCGCGCCUGCUGGAGGCGGCCUUCGACGGGAACCUGGGCGAGAUCCAGGCGGUCCUGCGGGAGGUGGACGAGCUGCUGACCCGCGAGGGCAUGGGUUGCGACGCGGCGGGAAUGGUGCGGCGGCUGCAGCGGCGCUUGGCCCUGGUGGACUUUGAGGACAGUGGCGGGAACACGCCACUGUCCGAGGCGGCGGCAGGCGGGCAGUCCCUGGCCAUCCAGCUGCUGGCCGAGCAGGGCGCCAGUCCCAACAGCAAGGGCGCCUUCGGCCGGACCCCGCUGUACCGAGCGGCCUUUGGGGGCCACCUGGAAGCCGUGGAGGUGCUUCUGAAGCUCGGAGCUGACCCCCGGGUAUAUGCGGACGACGGGAGCACACCCGAGCAGGUGGCCUCGCUGGACACGGUGGUCAGUGUGCUGCAGUCGUGGGACCUGAGCCUCACAGACGCCAUGCUCCAGAACAUGGAGGCAGAGCGGGAACGCCGGGCCCAGGAGGCCGCGAGGCACCAGGAGGCGGAGGCCCAACGCAUGAACCUCAAAGUACAGCAGCUGGCCAAGGAUCAGCAGCAAUGUCACCAACAGCUGCAGCAGGCCUACUGCGAGCUCAACCGGAGAAUCGCGGAGCACGACCAGUGCGAGCAGAGGGGCGCAGGCCUGGCCGCACUCACGCUGCAGGCCAUCAAGGAUGCAGAGGAGCAAGUGGACAGGCUCCAGCAGGAGGCCCAGAAGGCAGAGGAGGCGCUGGCCCUGGCCAGGCUGGAACUGCGGGAGCAGACCCAGGAGGCGGAGGAGGAGGUGCCCGGGCUAAAGUGCCAGGUCAGCGAGCUCCACGACGUGCUGAUGAAGGACGUGGGUGACCGCAUCCGUGCAGACGGCAGGUGGCCUCUUGUUAUCGACCCUUCAGGCCAGGCGGCCACCUUCCUGCGCUACCAGGACACCAACUACGUGGACGCCGUGAACCCUGACCACCUGCGGCCGGAGAGGAUCCGGCUGGCGCUGCUGGGGGCGCUCAGGUUCGGGAAGCCGCUGGUGUUUGACUUGCGUGAGGUGGAUCUGUUCCCAGCCGUGCAGCAGCAGCUGGAGGCGGUGCAGCCAGGCCUGGCGCAGGAGCUGCUGGGCCGCGGGCUGCUGGAGCAGGAGAGGUACCUGUCGCUGCUGCGGCCGACCGAUGGGCCCGAGUACGGCCCCAACCAGUUCCAGGAGGCGCGCCUGCAGCACUUCCGCCUCUUCUUUGUCACCAAGGUUCGGUGGCCGCCGGCAGAGCAGCUGCAGGUCCUCCUUCCUGUGCGUGUACAGCUGCCGGGCGGGGGCCUCUAGCAACCCGCCCCAAUAAAGGGCCCGCCCCCGGG